AGCGGGAAUUCAAACCUAUAUCCACAGUCGAAUCACAUAAGUUUGUUGUAGUUUGAGAUACUACCAUUGCAGUUGGUUCCUAAUAUAAAUCAUUGAUUAAUAGAUUUAGAAAAUUCCUGAUCUAGAUAUUAUACAGAUAAAUACGGGCUUGUAUUAUAGUUUUCACGGCAUUUGAUUGGAACAUAUAUAUAACAGAAUGGUUAAAGAUACUAAGUUUUACGAUCUUUUGGGAGUUUCCCCAUCAGCAUCAGACACUGAAUUGAAAAAAGCUUAUAGAAAAUCGGCUUUAAAAUACCAUCCAGAUAAAAACCCAUCUCCAGAAGCCGCUGAAAAAUUCAAAGAAUUAUCUCACGCCUAUGAAGUUCUUAGUGAUGAACAAAAGAGAGAAAUGUAUGAUUCUUAUGGUGAAGAAGGUUUAAGUGGUGCUGGUGGAAUGGGAGGUGGAAUGGGUGCAGAAGAUAUCUUUUCACAAUUCUUCGGUGGUGGUUUUGGAGGUAUGGGCGGUGGUGCCUCCAGAGGUCCUGCUAGAGGAAAAGAUAUCAAGCAUUCUAUUUCUUGUACUUUGGAAGAAUUAUAUAAAGGUAGAACUGCUAAAUUGGCUCUUAACAAGACUAUUUUAUGUAAAACUUGUGAAGGUCGUGGUGGUAAAGAAGGUAAAAUUAAACAAUGUUCUAGUUGUCAUGGUCAAGGUAUGAAAUUUGUCACUAGACAAAUGGGUCCUAUGAUUCAAAGAUUCCAAACUGUUUGUGAGGUUUGUAAUGGUAGUGGUGAUAUUUGUGAUCCAAAGGAUAGAUGUACUUCUUGUAAAGGUAAGAAAACUCAAAAUGAACGUAAAAUCUUACAAGUUAAUAUUGAUCCUGGUAUGAAAGAUGGUCAAAGAAUUGUCUUUUCUGGCGAAGGUGAUCAAGAACCUGGUGUUACUCCUGGUGAUGUUGUCUUUGUCGUUGAUGAAAGACCUCAUGAUAAAUUCACUAGAAAAGGUAAUGAUUUACACUAUGAAGCUGAAGUUGAUUUAUUAACUGCUUUGGCCGGUGGUGAAAUUGGGUUUAAACAUGUUUCGGGUGAUUUCGUUAAAGCUACUAUCUUACCGGGUGAAAUUAUUUCUCCUGGUGUUACUAAAGUUAUUGAAAAUCAAGGUAUGCCAGUUAAUAGACAAAGUAGUAAAGGUAACUUGUUUGUUAAAUUCACCGUUAAAUUCCCAGCAAACCACUUUACCUCUGAAGAAAAUUUGAAAAAAUUAGAAGAUAUCUUACCUCCAAGAAAAACUCUUAGUGUUCCAAAAGGUAGUGAAAUUGAUGAAGUUGAUUUAGUUGAUUUUGAUCCAUACAGACAUCAAUCUAGCUCUAGACGUGAUGCUUAUGAUUCUGAAGAUGAAGAAGGUGGCGCUGGUCCAGGUGUUCAAUGUGCUUCCCAAUAGAUGAAGUAUUCUAUAUUCCUUUUCCUUUUCUGCUGUUAGUUUGUUUGUAUAUCAUUUAAUACAUUCUAAUAAAUAUUUAAUCUUGUGA